CACUAAAUUCACUGACGUGCCUUCUCGGCCAGUCAAACGCGUGAACACACGCCUUCAGAGUCAGAUACUGGCUAUAUCGCUCGUCGUGAUAAGCAUUUAUACUUUAGUAGAGAGAAAAACAUUAGUGCUAGCGAAGGACAAGGUGUGUUGCAGAUCAACCGUAAAAUUGUCCGUGUUAAUUAAUAUACUACCUCGCGAAUCGAGUGUGUUAAUUCGAGAAUAAAUAGUGAAAAAUUUCUGAGGGGCCGCAAACAGAAAACAAUUAGAGAAAUUUCUGAGAAAUUUAUGAAUUUUUUUUUAUUACACUUUAUUAUACUUUCUUUUUUUACCGGUCACAUCGAACUAAAAAUUGUUUACUAAAAUUGUGAGAAAAGUAACGUUGGAAAAGUAACACGUGGUGCAAACAAAUACGCUUGAUGAGAUCAGAAAUGAAAGUGUACACGACAAUUUUCUUGGUGAUAUGCUUCCUGUGUUCCAUGUGUGCAGGCGCCGAGUCAAAAACAAACGAUGCCUUAUCAUCUUCGACGGACAAAAGCAAAGCAGCUCAGAUGGCAGCGGGCGAGCAGCGACUCGGGGAUCAGAUUCGCGCGAUUCUUAAGCAUUAUCAGAAAGAUGAUCCGGUUGGACUUCCAGGCGCGCCGAUACCGGAUCCAAUGCCAGUCCCAGACAUGAAGCAUUCCUUCUCCAUGUAUACUAUGAAUUUUAAGCAAAUUAACGUUUACGGAUUGUCUAAGUUCCGUAUCGAGCAUGUAGAAUCGGAACUGGCACGUAUGCAGGUAUCCGUCGCAGUAAAAAUCGACAGUCUUGACAUUCGUGGAUUGUAUACUUUGGCGUCAUGGCUUUCGAGAUCCGCUGGCAAUUUUACUGUAAAACUCACCGGUGUGAACGUCGAAGGUGUCGCCAGGCUGGAGGUGGGCACCGAUGGCAAAUUGCAAGCUCAAAACAUUGACAUGGAUCUGACUUUUGAUAAAAUUGAUCUGGACUUUAAGAAUCUAGGGUUCCUCGGUUCUGUUUUUCAAGGCGUCAUCAAUUCUGUAGGGACCUUUAUUUUUGACAGCAUCAAACCAUUUAUGUUGAAAGAAGUUAAUACUAACGUAAGGGGUGAAGUGAACAAGCAGAUAUCAGAAUUACCACAAUACUUCCCGAAUUCGAUUUCACCCUUCGAUAUGUUAAUCGCAGAGGCCCGUAAGCAAGUUUCUCAAAUGGGCUAUGAUCCGUACAAAGUGAAGGAUUAUACGCAAAGCGUCGGUAUAUUCACAGUGACUUUAUCGCACACCUGGAUCACCGGCGUAGCCAGUUUCUAUCGUAUGGGGAAUGUAACUCUUACAAUGGAAAAUGGAAAUAUAUACGCGCUCGUGGAUGUCGGUACCCAGGAACUGGAGGGCAAGACGCACUGGGAGGUGAGCGUGAUCGGCGGCUUCCUGUCGCGCGCCGGCACCAUGUCCCUCACCAUCCAAUACUUCCGGGUGCAGGUGAAGUUGAGGCAGCCGUUGGACACGCGGAAGCGCGCCACCCUGGAAGAACUGGAGCUCGAAUUGGGCAACAUCCAGACGAGAAUCCACGGCGCGGUCACAAUCGACUAUCUUGUGGAAGCGGCAGUUAAUAUAUUACCGAACCUUCUAAGAUAUCAAAUCAUGGACGCGAUUGAAGGACCAUUGAGAAGACGUAUUCAAGAGGAAUUGGACAAGGUGGACACGGAGAAAUUGAUUGAUGAGAAAAUUCCAGUGAUCGAGGAACAAGCUAGAUGGAUGCAAGGUCUAGUACCAGCAGAAGAAACGAUUUUAGAAGAACCGACAAUGUCAUCCUACAAUCAAGAUGAUCUAAUGCCAUUCUCUGAGAGUGAGGAAGAACGAGGGCCAUCGUAAAAAAAAAAAUUCAAUCAUAAUUAACAAUCUAGCAAUAAACAUGUUUAAUUCUAUCUUAGACGAUCAAUAACUCGAUAAAAUUCUAUUUAUAAUUUUACGUUACAUUAUACGUAUACUUUACGUAUAUUGUAGUCUACACGUGCGUCCUUUAAUUCUUUAAACGUUCCUAUACGUCACGCAACAUGCAUUUGAAUUGUAAAUUAUAAGUAGAAUUCCAUCACAAAUUACAGAUCGUCCAAAAACAGACUUCGCAACAUAAAAAGGAAUGGAAGAAGUGAAAAAUGUAUGCAUGUCUUUACACUUACAUUUAAGAUUUGAAAUAUGCAUAACUUAUGUUGCAUAUAUAAUUGAGUAACAAUCUGCUUAAGUUGGUGAAAUAUUUAUUGUGGCCUAUUUCUACUUUCUACGUACAUACAUUUUGAUGUGUCACGAAUGUAUCGUUAAGAUAUGAAUAUUUAACAAGAAGAAUGCAUUUUUAAGAAGAAACGUAUUGGUCUUCAUAAUUAAACUACUUAUAUUGAAAUUGAUUGUUCAAAAAAA